UAAACAAGAAGAAUCCCUGUGUAGACGGCAAAACCUACACUCUAUGGCUCAGCCAUCCCAGUAGAUCUCGAUCCCCCUCGACAUUCGAGAUCUCCGACUCUUCGGCUCUGGGAAUUGGUGGCACGGCGUGGCCUGACCCUCGCUAGCCCGUUCUUUUCCAGCUGCUAGAAGCAGUUCGAUCCUCAUCUCCAUCAUCUUGCGGCAGCCAAUUUCUAGACACGAGUUCACAGCAGUCAACAUGCCUGGCGGCGUUUGUGCUGUCCUCGACUACGAGGUCGAGCUGAUGGCUGACUACGUUUCCGAGAUGGCCACUCGAGUGGUUAUGCCUCAUCGCCAAGUCAACCCAGCAUUUCGCAAGUUCGUCUCCCAAAUACUGACGUCGACGCGGCUUCCCAGCACUACGAUUCUGUUGGCUAUGAACUAUUUGGCGAAGCGCAUCAACAUGAUGCAUGCUGCUGGCCAGACUAAUCACACCGAGGGUCAAAUAUGGCGCAUGCUUACGAUCGCGUUGCUUCUCGGCAGCAAGUUUUUGGACGACAAUACGUUCCAGAACAAGUCUUGGUCGGAAGUCAGCGGUAUCCCAGUCCAGGAGCUCAAUACUCUGGAAUACGAGUGGCUCGGCGCGAUUCGCUGGUGUCUUUACGUCAACCUGGAUGCGAGUAAGGACUAUCAGGCCUGGUUGUCGAAUUGGAAACAGUGGCAAGAGGCGAAGAAGAGGCAGCAGCAGGAAGCAAGCCGCGACCGCCUUGCGGGUCUUGUGUCUCCCAUCGAGCCCGACACGCGCUCUCGUGCCCAGCAGCUGUAUUCGGCGUGGCAUCAGCAACAAGUGGCAGAGUACGAACGCCUUUCCAGCAUGAAGCGCAACCAAGCGCCCAUGGGUGCUUCAUUCCGCCACGAGCCGUCGUCGUGGGCCUAUCCUCCACCCUCAUGGUCGCAGACGGCCCCGUUGACCCCUCCGGAUUCUGGAUACGGCACCCCGGAAUAUACGAACUCAACAACUUUGGCGACUUCAAACUACACCGAGUGGCUUGAUGGGGCUCUUCUCGGGGCCAACGCCACUUCAAGGCACUACCAGCAACCUGCUCCCUACAGCGGCUUCCGUCAUAACGGACACGGUUCUCGCCAUGCUGUUGGUUAUGGCCACUACUAUGGCUACGGUCACAACAUCUGGGAGCAGCCGAGCGUAGCUGACUGCAACUGUGGCCUCUGCGCCGGUGUGCACAACAAAGUUCCCGCAUACUUCGGUGGUCACCACUACAGCCAAGCCGUUGUUGGCUGACAGGGAGAUCUUCUCGCUUCUUCGUCAUGGUUCUGACCUCUACUCUACCGGCGCAUUUUGACAUUUCUUUGUCCGAGCGUCGACACAUUUCUCCUAUUCCCUUGCAUCGUCCGACCGGACGCGGUUACAUCCAAGGCACAACGGAAAAUUUGAUACACUUCGCAUUCAGAUACCCAAUCGACCAACCGGAGGAGAGCAGUGCCGCCAUCAAUCACGCGGCGUUGAUAUGCACGACAUCGCCAAUACCGCGGGAUCGUCGCGUGCCGCCCAGGUUGCUGCGGUGAACUUGAUACCAAU